UCAAUCCCACCUCCAUCAUCCAUCGCCAUGGAUUCCGAUGAGGAUCCCUCCUCCCUUCUCGCCCUUCUCGAGGGCUCAGACUACCGUGGUCUCCACCGGCGCUUCUCCUCUUUCUUGAAACCCUUCCAACCCUUUCUCUCCUCGUCCGCUACUUCCAAAUCCACCAAGAAAGACAAGAAAAUCCGAGACCUUUGCUCCAAAUACCUCCCAUUCCUCAAUUCUGUCAUAAAGAUCCUCUCCAAACAGUGCUCUCAACCCCCGAAGUCCACCGCCGAUCGCGAUGCCAUGGCGGGGGAGCUCUUCUCGAUCUACCGACUCUACAUUGAUUGUAUGAGCUGCGUUGCUCCGGCGCUUGUCUUGAAGCCCUAUUCCGAUAUCCUCUGGAGGGUGUCGUACCUUCGCCGGCUCUGUGAAUGGGGCCGUUAUCGGGAGACUGAGGAGGAGGGUUUGGCUGUGCUCAGCGAGCUUCGGUCUAGGAUUGGGGGAGACGCUGCGAAAUUGCUUCCGGAACCACAGGGUGAUUUUGAGAACCCCGAGCUAGCUGCUGAUGUUGUGCAUGUUGUUAGCCGGAUGGCGAGGUGUGCAUACGGUAAGGAGAGCUUUCUCGAAGAGGAUUACCUGAGAGUUCUGGCCCUUCUUGAUCAGGUUCGGCCAUGGCUUAGACUUGCUGAUAGUGAGGUCUCUGAGAAGCUUCUCGGCACUAUUGUUUGGGAAUUAUAUCACUGUACAUUAUUCAUUAUGGAGCAUUUCUCAAAUUUCAAUGAAGAUAUGCUCUGUUCUUUUUGCAUGGAAACUAUGGCAGAAUGCUUGAAGUCAUCACGCAAGCUUGAUCUCAUAAAGCAUAUGCAGAUGGCCAGGAAAUUUUGUUUUUCCUUUGAGCCCAACUGGGCAAAAUCUCCACUUGUCAUCCGCAGUAUAUUAAAAUCUGCUUUGGGAUUUAUAGUCUGCGACUGCAAGCAUGGCACUGUAAAUGCCAAUGAUAUUCUUGACCUUCUGUACCACUUUGCCACUAAGUGCCAGAAUCAAAGUUCAGUGAUAUGCAAAGAAGCGGAAGAAUUUCUUCUUGAUAUAGCAGCUGACUUUUUUCAGGUUUUGCCACACAUUGCCUGCAUCUUGACCUUUUAUGCUGCUGGCCUGUUCUUCGAGUAUGCCAGUCUGAAAGCUAGGCAAACAGAUGCCAUGAAUGAAGGCUUGAAAUCUGCAUCUGCCAUCUCAUUAUUUCUUGACAAUGAAGUCCUUCUUGAAAAUUUGGCUCGAUCCCUUUGUGCGUUGCGUAGACAUGUGAAACAAUGCCCCAACAUAACAACUGAACUUCCUGGGCCUUGUAUUUAUAAAAUUUGUGACAGUUCACAUGAACAAGUUUCCCUGCUAUCCUAUGUGCAAGCGCUGGGGUUUUUUUGUACACCACUAGUGGAAACUAUACGAACCAUAUGGGAACAAAAUUAUCGUGGAAAGGAUGUGGUCCAAUUGCCCGCUUAUGUCAAUUGCAUUCAGGAUGCACUUUAUCAAUUUUGUGAUGUUCUUCUAUUUGGAUUGAGCAAUGCAUCUGAUGAACUGGUGGAUAAGUUGCGUAAGCAUCUUCUAGCAGCAGGUUAUGGUGCAAUAGCUGGUUUCAGAGUUGCUUUGUUGACCUAUGGAAACUUUCAGAAGAGCAUCUCUUGUGUGCAGCAAGUUAUUACAAUGAAUUGGUUAAAGCCUCAAGACCUGAGAUCUGUUGCUGUCUCGUUGUAUAAUAUUGGUGUGGAUCUGUAUAACUCCAAAAAUUUGGAGCAGGCUUCUAUAGCUUUAAAUUUAUCUUUCCAAGCGAUUUGGGCGCAUGUUUCUCUUCUGGGCUGUAAGUAUGCAGGGAAGGCGGAUGGAAGUGCUGAUGAUUUAACUCAAGAUGCACUCAAGGAUUCCAUCUCAAGUUCGUGUGCAUACAGUUCUUUCUACCUUGAUGUGCUUCAUCAAUGUGGCAAUGAGAGUUUAAAUGAAAUUCUUGCUGAGAGCCUAUUAAAUUGGUCUUCCGCCAAUGAUUUGUCCAAAAGUUUUUUCAGCCCUAUGGUUUUGGUGAAGCAAUGGGUGAAGAUUGUAUUUAAAGAGUUCCAAAAUAGUCUUGUGGAAGAUAAUGUUCCAAUGCUGUCUACUAUUCUUUCAAGCUCUUCGAAAAUUUUUUCAACAGCAUCCCUUGGUACUAUCUUGGAACAGGAACUCAUAACUUAUGCUGAAAUGGAAGCUAGGCAACCAACCUUCUGCCGGGCUAUGCAACAUAAAAUCACAGAUGUUCUUCUGCAAGAGUUGUAUUUGAAAAAGGAUUAUAGUUUACAGAGAGCAAGGGUUCUUGUCAGUAAGAGCAGACUAGCAAGAAUGGAUGGUACUGAUGGGUUGAAAUUAAGCAUACAACAUUUGUCUGAGGCUAUCUCCAUACUAGAAGACUUUUCUGCUGGACCAUAUGAACGUGAUAUGUCAUUGCAUCAGUUAGUGCUUACAUAUUGCUUGCGUGCAUUGUGUCUUGAGGAGUCUGAUCAUGAUUCAGAGGUCUUUUUACAUGAUAUUAGCCGAGUGCUGAAGAUUUGGUCAAACACAGAUGUCACAAACUUGUCUCUUUGUAAAGCUGACAUAAUACGUGUGAUACCACUACUUUAUCAUAUUGCUGAUCUCUUAUCAUUGAAGGGUUUUGCGCAGCUGCAGAAUGAGAUUUAUAAGCAUAUUGUCAUACUAUAUAAAUGGAAUAAUGUAUCUAUGGAGGAGUCAUUGGCCAUUUUAUUGGGAGGUAGAUGGCUUAACCAUGCCAUAUGUGGUUCACCAUUAGAUGAAGCUUUCAUUGCUAUGCUGUGUAAAAGAUUUGAUAUUCCUGCUAACUCCAUUGAUUUCUGGAUGAAUGCUAUGAAAAGUUCCCAACCCUUGCUCUUGGGCUUGAAGCAAAAGCUUUCUAUUUCAAGUUCCCAUUGUGCACAGUUAGUCAACCAGCAUUCCGGAGGAUCUAAGAGUUUAGUUGUCACAUCUGAAGACGUGACAGAGGCUGCAUCUGCCAUGAUGGCACAUGGUCCUGUUUCUAGCAAUUCAGCUUUCGUUGCAGGAUGUCUCUACUAUGACCUGUCUGAGAGACUUGCCUCAAGUGGACAAUUGGUUGAGGGUCUUUUGUAUGCCACAGAAGCUCUCCGUUUGAGGAAAAUGGUCUUAUUUAGAUUUUUUAAACAUUCAUAUCACAUAAAGCCUUCAAAGUUUGCACCGGUUGUAGACAUUCACCAACUAGAGGCCUGGGGAUCUUUAGUUGCUAUAUUUUGGCCAGACAUAGCCAAAGAAGAAAAAACUGCUGGACCUAUUCUUAGUCCAUGGAAUAUUCUCAAGUGUUAUCUUGAAAGUGUGCUGCAGGUUGGGAAUCUUUAUGAAUUGACUAGGAAUGCUGAAGAUGCUGAACUGUUAUUUCUAGUGGGAAAGAAUAUUUCUUGUGUUUUAGGCCUGCCUAUUUUCAGAGUCAUGUUUGAGUCACUCUUAGGUAAACUCUACCUCAAAAGAGAACUUCCUAACCUUGCUGAAAGUGAACUUAACAGUGCAAAGCAGAUUUUAGGUGAUUGCAUGAUGGGCACUGUUUGCACUCAUUGCAAAUUAAUUUUAGAUGUAUCUCUUGAUAUGCGGUUCGGAGAUUUGAAACGAGUUCUUUCAAAUAAAAAUGGACAGAUGCAGCCUGGUCAAAGUGAGCCACCUGCUUUAGGUGUGUAUACGUCCGCUCUAGAUAAACUUAAUUUCACAGAGGUGAACUGCCCUUUCCUUCAUUGUGAGGAUAAAAAUGUGAAGAUUGUUGAUAGUGAUGAUCCUAGCUUGAAGCUUGUCAGCAUCUCCUCUAAUGCUGCAGUGCACUUGUCAAACAAGGCCAAGCAGUUGGAGGCAUGUGAAUAUUGUAGUACGUCAGAGCCUAAGAUGGCUUUUGAAUACCAGUCUAAACCAAAACAUAAUUCAGAAGUGCCUUCAGCUUUCCCAGUUGAUAAUGAAAUGAACCCUGAGCACAAGAAGCCUAGAAGAUCUACAAGGACAAGAAAGACUUCAAAGCAUGUGCAAGAGGAACAAUGCUCAAAACGUAAGGAUACAACGAGAACUGGAUCUGACCACCAAUUUUCUCAUAGAGCACAAUCUGAUGCUGAAGGGCAGUUUGAGUGCCUGAAGACCUCAAAUUGCCGCACACGUACCCAAGAACAACAAACUGAAUCUACUAAUAAUGUAUGUGAUGAAGCAUGCAGAUGCCAUGGGGCAUUUUGUUGGAGAUGUCUUAUUAUGAGGGUGGUUGAAGCUGGAUCUGUGCAUGGUAUGAUAUAUGUAAAGCGGGAAUAUCAGCGAAGACAUCUUUUGCUGAGUCUACUUCAUAGAAUAAGAAAAUGUACUGAAGCUUGUGGAGAAGUUCAUGAAGUACAUAAAAUAUUCUGGCGUAGCAUCUUUAUUUUGUAUGACCGAAAGUUGCUUUCUGAAGCAUAUUCUGAGAUUCGACACUGUUUGUUGCUCGAGUUAAUUGGAAGAGAAUCUCCAACUGAUCUUUUUGCUCUUGGGCGGGCAAGGCUACUGUACAAUAUUUGUUGGUUUUCUGUGAAGCAGUUUUUCUCAAAGAAACACAGCUCCUCGGCCAAUUGCUGCCUGCUAUCUGACAUUAAGAUGCCUACAAUUGUGUCAUGGCUCUUGCAAGCCUUUCUUGUCUGCCGUCAUGUUCCAUUGCUUCUUAAGAAGGUGACUAGGUUGCUUGCUGUGAUUUAUUUGCUUUCCACUUUUGGUGCACCGUUCCCUUCACUUGUUAGUGAUAAGCUUGUUGCCAGUAGCUGGGCUGCAUUCUUCCAUCAAGUUUCUAUUGGCACUGGACAACAUCAUAAAUAUCUGUCUAUUUUGAAUGAGAGGCUAGACUUAUGCUCAUCUGGGAAUUCUGAGCUAUCUAGUUUAGCAAAAGUGGUAAGGGAAGCACAAGAAUCUCUCAGGAUUGCCCCAGAUAAACUUGAAGAUCUUGAAGAAUUUAUUGAUGAUUACUUUAGAAGGCUUCCUAGCAUAACAAUAAUCUGCUUGUGUUUUCUUGGAAGUGGUUACACAUUCAUAUUCAAAAAUAUGUUAUCUCUAGCUACACCUAUAUCAUCAUGGAUGUUUUUUUCAAGAAUAAGUUCAAACCAGCAACCUGUUACUGUGAUCUUGCCCAUGACUCAAGUUCCUGAAGAAACAGAACAAACUAGUGUUAAUUUUGACUUGCAAUCCAUCUUUGUGACAAGGGAUAAGUGGAUAUGCCCUUGGAGCAGCAAUGUGAUAGAUGAUGUUGCCCCACAAUUUCGUUCUAUGUUGGAGGAAAGCUAUUCAUGCUCAAAACUGCAAGUUGAUGAUGAUAUUAGUCGUACUAUGUAUUGGGUACAAAAGGCUAAACUCAACAAGCGACUUGAGAACUUUACAAGGAGUUUGGAAGAUUUAUGUUUUGGCACUUGGAGAUUCUUGCUGUUAGGUGAUCCAUUUGAUUGUCCUGAAUUAGAUAGGGUGCACGUAAAGUUGGUAAGAGAAUUAAAACAAAAACUCAAGUAUGAAGCACUUGAGAACUUAGUUCAAAUUUUUCUCAGUGCUAAAUAUGAAUUGGAAAUAGAAAACUGGAUUGCUCAGUUGCUUGCAUAUAGAGGCUGCUUUGCUAGAGGUAAUUGGGAGCCAAGGAGCUUCUCUGCAUGUCUUUCUGUUGAGGAAGUAAAGGAUAACAUUUCUGAUUCUUCCUACAAACUGAUUUUAAAAGCAAUAAGGGAACUUGAAGAGAAGCAUUUCAACAGAAGAUCAAUUGUAUUGGUGCUGGAUGCUGACAUGCAGAUGCUUCCAUGGGAGAGCUUACCUACAUUGAGGAAGCAGGAGGUAUACCGCAUGCCUUCUGUCACCUCUAUCUUUGCGUUACUGAAGCAGAUGCACAAUGGAAGGGGUUUAGCCAGGAGAAAUGAAACUCCUUUUCCACUAGUAAACCCAUUUGAUGCAUACUUCUUGCUUAAUCCAAGUGGGGAUCUGCGUGAGACACAGACUGAAUUUGAAGAUUUGUUCAAAAGGGAGAUGACUGAGGGACGGGUGUGCAGUGUACCCCCCUUUGAGGAGCUAGCUUCAGCGCUGCAAAAACAUGAUUUGUUUAUAUAUUUUGGUCAUGGAAGUGGUGAGCAAUUCUGGCCUAGGAAGAAGAUUGAGAAUUUGGAUCGCUGUGCUGCUACACUUCUAAUGGGAUGUAGCAGUGGAUCUCUUGUCAUUAAGGGACAGUAUACCCCAGAAGGACCGCCUUUGUCCUACUUACUAGCUGGCUGUCCAGCUAUAAUUGCUAACCUGUGGGAUGUGUUGUCCAAUGACAUCAACCGUUAUUGUAAGGUCCUUCUUGAUGCCUGGUUAAGAGAUGCUUCACAGACAGACUCUGGUGAAGAACUUAGGUUUGCCUCUCUCAUGGGGAAGGCUCGUGAUGCCUGUAGAUUCCCGUUCUUGACUGGAGCUGCUCCAGUGUGUUAUGGAGUGCCUACAAGAAUUUUGAAGAAGGAUACUUAAAUUGUUGGUUUGUUGUCUUAACCAUAUGUUUGCUUUUUAAGGCAUGUGCAUAUGAGCAACUAUUCAUGUCCCAAAUCAGUUAUAUUUUUUAACAUGAUUAUCUAUUACUUUAACAUAAUAUAGAUGUCUUAAAUAACUGCAAUUCAUUCCCUGUGACUGGAAAGUUUGCAAUUGUAUACAACAAUGUCUUAUGGACCCUCUAGAAUAGUGCCACUUCUUUGAUUCACUGUGUAUUACUGAAGUUGCAUCACUUAAUAUAGAACAGGUUGUGAUGAUGGAACUGUUUGACAGGAGGUAAAACAUAAGGAGAACAGUUAUGUUUUUAGGCUGUUGUUUAUAUUAUUUGCUAGUGGAGAGCAGGCAUGUUUUCAGGCAAUUGUUUAUUUUAUAUGCCAGUGGAUGUUGGCCAGUGUGUAAAGCAGACAAUUUCCGCUCCCUAUUCAAUAGAUUUGCAGUGAUCUGAAUCACUGAUUUUUUGCCUGAAAUGGUUCAAAUUAUCUCUCAAACUAUGAAACAUCUCUAAUUU